AUGCUAGCAAACCUCCUCUCAGUUGCUGGAGUAGACCAUGUGAUAACAUUGGACUUGCAUAUGCAGGGCUUCUUCGGCAAACCCGUGGACAACCUGUUUGCCGAACCCUAUAUCGCUCGUUGGAUCCGCAUGAAUGUUCCUGGCUGGAAGGAGGCUGUUGUUGUCAGCAAGAACGCCGGUGGUACUAAGCGUGUUACGUCAUUGGCGGACACCUUGAAGCUCAACUUCGGCAUCGUUACUACCGAUAGGCGGCGUCCGAAGAUGAAUAUGGCUAUGACAGACAGCACGGUCUUCUUUGAUUCUAUAGAUGAAGACUGCACGCCCGUCCAAAAAGAGGACGAUCCGUUUGUACUCCACGUGCAGACUGGAAAACAUGACGAUUCGCAAACCGAAGAGGUGCAUAGACUAUCUGAUAACAUGGAAUCAUUGUUAUCGGCAAAUGCCUUGCUUCCGGACCUUCUGACGGGUGCUCGACGCCCGUCAGAGUUGGAGGCUGCACACGGGUGUACGGAUGUCCGGGUACACGACGUAAUCACAGGGCGGCUUGUAGAGGGUCACCUAGUCGAUGAUGAUUAUCACCCAAUCGAUUCUACGCCUGCGUCGGGAGACACUACCCCCGGACAGACUGUAGCAGAUCAUUCUGACUCUGUUCCUGACCCAAUGACGGAAUCGUUUAUCUCCAGCACAUCGUCUUUACCAGGUGACCAUGCGCUUGGCGGCUCGUUUGAUGCUGCUGAAUCGUCUGAUGAAGAAGGCAGUGUUGGACGAGCUGUGGAGCGAGAGAAGACCAUUACUUUCGUGGGCGACGUCCGUGAUAGGACUGUGUUCAUCGUCGAUGACAUGAUUGACAAAAGUGGAUCAUGGAUUGCUGCAGCAGAGACUGUUGUGAAGAAGGGUGGCGCCAAGAAGGUCUACUGCAUCGCAACCCACGGACUCUUCGGGGACAAAUCCCUUGAGCAAAUGGAAGAGUGCGACGUGAUUGACUACAUCGUAGUGACCAACACUUUCCCCAUCUCGGAACAGAUGGUUAGGAAAUCGAAGAAGUUGGUCGUCAUCGACAUAUCGACUCUCAUCUCUGAGAGCAUUAGACGCCAUCAUUAUGGUGAAAGUCCUUUCUUCUCGUUAGCUGCACCGGCCAUGUUUCGCCUUUGCGUACUUGAGUAG